AUGGCGGCGAGUGACCCGGAAACGGCCCAGAGACAAGUGAGCGCGUUGCGGAGCGGGAGGCUGAUGGCGGGGCGUCGGGCUCGGCUUCCUGGAGAAGGGGGCAGGUCAGGGAAACGGGGCGUUUGCCUAAGGGGUUUUGCCUGCAUGCUAAGGUGGGGCGCACAUGUGGCUCCAGAUAUGGUUGGACUCCAUCGCCCUGCAACCCCAACUUGCAUGGUUGGCGAGUGAUGGGCAUUGAAGUCUAGCAUCCCCUUGAAGCAUAUUAAUAUAUUCGUCAUCCCGUUGGAUCUGACCCAAUUCCACCGAAUUCAGUAGUGGCCGGAUAGAUGCUGCCAGGAUGCCCCUAAGGAAACUUUCCCACCUCCUGGUAUGCAGAGGCUUAAUGCGACCAUCAUUAUUAGCUGCUGCUUAUAAAUCCUUCCUUCGUGCAUUUCUCUGAUUGCCUCCUAAAGUCCACCUAGAUUUGGGCACUGCGAGGCAACGGUGCUGGAUGAGAUGGGUCUCUGGCCUGAUCCAGCAGGCUCUUCAUAUGUUCCGAUUCUGUUACACCUUGCUCCUAAGCAGCCACUGUGUUGGGGAGCCGGCUCGUGCUGACUACUGAAAACUUUGUUUAUUCCAACAACCAAAUUCUGAUUUUGUAAUUUUAACUGAUUUACAUUGCAUCAAGUUUAUUGCACACUACUUAGAAAUUAUUGUAGUUCAGCAGUAUAUAAAUAAAAUAAAAUAUUACUGCAUAAUUUUCUGUUAGACAGAAGAAAUUGAAGCCUUGUCUGCUAUAUAUGGUGAUGAAUGGUGCACCAUUGAUGAAGAUGAAAAAGUAUUCUGCAUUCAGAUUAGUGAUUGCCUGGAAAAGCCAAAGUGGAGACUCUGUCUGCAGGUAGGUUUUCCGGUAACAUAAUUGGGCUUUGAGUUUGCAACUGGAUAUCUCAGAUGGGCAUCUUUGAGCCUACUUUUGCUAUUGUCAGGAGUUGUAAUGUUGUAAAUGUACUGUAAUGUUUUAUUACAUUCUGAAAUGGUUGAUUUUGAGAGGUAUUGUUUUGUUGUUGUUGUACGCUGCUUUGAACUUGAUUCUUUUGGUGGAAAAGCAGCAUACAAAUAAAAUGAAGAAUGAAGGAAUUCUGGGUUGUGCAGUCUUUAGAGGUCAGAGCUAGCAUGGCAAUUCAGCAUUGGGGAAUGUGGUGAGGAAUGUGACCCCACCCUAUCUUGAAACUGUUGGUGCCCUACUUAAGAAUAACUAGGACUAUUCUUUAACACACAAUUGAUUUAUAAAUGAUGCAGUCAGAUAUAGGGAGACACAUCCAGCUUUAUUAGUUGUUGCCGAGUUCUGUAACUUUUAAAAAAGCAAAACUUUCUUUGUAGGUUAGGAUUUUUAUUUCUCCAAGUAUGUUUUAAUGUUGGCAAGAUAGUUCUGUGGGUUCUGUCCUUUAAUGUUUGCAUCUGUCUCACGUAUAAUGCCGAAAAAAUGGGAGAAGUAAAAUCUGUAUAUUAUGGGAGAGCCAUAAGGUACCUAAGAUACUGAUUCUGUACAUGUUUAUGCAUAAGUAAGGCUCACUUUGUGUGCAGGACUGUCAUCUAAGAAUUUAUGUACUAGUGUUUCCAGUUAUUUAAUACCUUAACAAUGUAUUGGAACUGUCCUGCAUUUCUCCUCCACCCCGUCCCCAGCUAGAUUUGGAAUGAAAAUUUCUGGCUAAUCUACUUUUAAAACUUUUCAGGUGAUCCUUCCUCCUGAAUAUCCGACAACAGCACCACCUAUUUAUCAAAUUAAGUAAGUGAUAAGUUAAUACUUUUGAAAAAAGCUUCUGUGCCUUUUGUUCCAAACUCUUAGUUUCAUAAUACGUAACCAAUCUGUGUGUGUGAUACACAGGCUUGUGUGGAGCAAGUGAGUGUGUGGUGACCAUACACACUUCAGCUUUGGAGAUUUGACCAACAGGGAAUGUAGCCCUCUGGCCAAAAUCAGCUAAUCGUCCUGGUUUAAAGGAACUCAGCAAACUCUAAAUUAUAGCAACAUAAGAGAGAAAGCAAGUGAAAAUGUGUCUCUUCCUAGUUUUUUAUUAUCAUAUUUUGUGAUAUGGGUACUGUCCCAGUAUGAAGAAGAAGGUAUAAUUGCAACAUGAUUUGAUUUUGCCAAAGCAUAUAAAAUCAUAAUCACGAUGAGGUGUUUUUAGUAUCUUGAAGUAGAAAAUGGUUUUGAAAUGAUGCAAAUAUUAAACUAGUACGUUCCCUUUUUUUAUUCUAGUGCUCCUUGGCUUUCUGGACAGGAAUAUGCGGAACUUGCAAAUUAUCUGGAAGAACUCUAUGUGUAAGUUGUACUGUUUGUAGGAAUACGAAUCAUAGAAAGAAGCAUGGGAAGCUGGAAUCUAGCAUAGUAUCUGCUUUCUGUGAAAACCAUGUUUUCACAAACCAGCGGAGAGUGGGUGCGGCUGUAUCUGUAAAUCGUAUUGAAAGGGCCACAACUUUUGAGUGCCCUGAUGAGGAGGAAGCAUAGCUGCUGCCAUGCUGCUUUUAUUGCAGUUAUUUGUAUGUUUUCAGAUUAUAUAUGUGCUUGAAUUCUGUUAAUGCUUAAUCAUUUUUUUCUAUGUUUUUAGCUAUUCUUGGUUUUAUUUGUAAGCCUCCUUGAGUCCUGUCAGAGUAAAAGGCGGGGAAUGAAUGAAUGAAUAACAAACAAACAAAUGUAAUAAUAAUAAAUGUCAUGGUUAUAUUUUUAAAAAUCCAAAUACUGUCCUGAAAUGUUUUAUACAUAAUUCCAGCAGAUGGCAGUAAUAUUGAAAAAGCAGUAUGAAGCAGAACCUUUUGCUGGAAGUGAAGAUUUAUGGAUCUUAUACAAAAUAGUACAUUCUGUUUUAGUGAGACAACUGUUAUUACAAAGCUAGGCAAAAGCCAUGCGUUAUGGUGUAACAUCACGUGGCACUUACUUCUGAGGAAGCAUGUAUAGGUUUGUACUUUCUGACUGUUCUCUCCCAAAACCUAAUGAACAAGCCAAUCUGUGUCCCUGGAAUGAAAGUGGUGUAUCACAGGAUAUUUUUACACAAGAAGGCUCCUAAACCACAUCUGAAACAUAAAGAUUUCUAUGAUGCUAUCCAUUAAAAAAGUAAUUUUAGAGUAGAUUUGUAUAUUUUGUAUCAUGCUUUUCAGACAGAAUCUUGGUGAAAGCAUCCUUUAUCUAUGGGUGGAGAAGAUACGUGAAUUUUUGAUAGAAAAAUCACAGUCUUCUGAUUCAGGUAAGCUGCUAAACGGGUCUGAGCAACCUCCGGAGCAGGUUUUGGGAACACGUGGGGAAAGGAAGAAGAAGUCCUGUUGCACACACAUAACUCUGCUCACAUGGCACUGCAUAUAACCCUAGAUGAUUACUUUUGAUCAUUACUAUGUAGAAAAACCACAAGUGGGAAGUGAGAAGGCUGUGUUAAAGCCUGUUGGGCACCAUGUGACCCAAUAACCAGAAGUACAUGCAGGGCUUAUGAUCAGAUAUGGGAAGGGCUGUGGCAGUCUACACAGUCUUGCCUUCGUUCACUGUAAGGCCCCCGUGCAGCUGGAUCAUGUGAGGCAGCAUAAAUAAAGCCAGAGGCAGGCUAAGACGCUUUCAGUUGCUUGAGAAAACGAUCAAUUCUGCUUUCUAUAUCUCUCCCCCCCCAAUAAAACCCAAUUUCAAGCAAAGUAUUACAUCUAGUUCCAAUAGAUCAGCAGGUUAUUAUUAAAAAGGCACUUUUAGCCACUUCUCAGAGGCUUCAGCAUUCCUCCUAAAUUUAGAAACGGUGAGAGUGCUAUUAAAGCAGGAAUACCAGCUGCAGUUUAGUAAGCGUUUAAAAAUAUCUGAUAGCAGAACUGAAACCAGGAAUACAAAAACAUUUAUGCAAUGGAAAUAGUACUAAUUAACGUUGUAUGUGGCUUAAGGUUCUGGAAUAUUUAUUUAUUGUUUUUAUUUAUUUCAUGUAUCAAUUGCUUCCAACAAGACAUUGCAAAGCGGUUAAACAAUAUAGACACAAUUUUCAAGCCCAGUGCUGAUACAGACAGGCAAUAAAAAUCUCUACUUAACAGGCUUGUUGUGAAAGGAAGGUCUUCCAUAGUCACCAAAAAAAUAAUUGAGAUGGAACCUGACAGAUUUGUAACAGGAAGGAAUUCCAAAGGGUAGGAGCCACCAUACAAAAGUCUUGCUUCUCUGUCAACAGAAUAGCAACACAGUUGGAAUAUACAGGCAUAUAGUCUGGCAUUUCUGUUAUUCCUCCAAAUUGCAAUUUUAUCAUCUUGAUACAACAAAUAAAUAAGAGACAUUUCAGUAUGAUAGUUCAUGUUUGGUUUCUUCCUGAAGGGUGUCAUGUUUACUGGGGAAAUUAAUAGGUAGAUUACAACACUUAGGGUGGGAUCUUUAAUGUGAUCUGCUGUACUUUUUUUGGGGGGGGGCAACUAUUGGUGUGGCUUUGAAAACUGCAGGAUUUGCAGCCCACAUAUUUUUCUGCUAUCCUCUGCAAAGCAUUCUUGAAUCCAGAUGUGCAUUGAGCCAUGCCUGCAUUUGGUAGUUCUCUCUGCCCUCUAGUGGUAUAACAUUUUGGUGUCAUGUACUAGGGAAUCAGCAUGUGGGUGAAAAUGAUUGGAGCAUCCUGAGAGAUAUAGUGGACAUUCAGCAGAAUAAGGGGCGUGUCAGGGAACUGCCAUCGGAAGGAAGGGAGGUGAAAGGGCUCACACAGGUUGGGAGAGACUCAGCAGCUGAAGAGGGAACCAGUAGGGGGAGAGGAGCUGAGCUGAGGGAAAGUGAGCUGGAGGGAUGGCUCAGAGACACUUCCAGCGAAAACAGUGGGGAGGUUUCAGGACCUCCUGUAGGGACACCCACUCCUCGCCGGAAACUGACACGCAGAGAGUCCAGAAGACGUGUUUCCGUUAAGGAGCUUUUAUGUUGGAAGCGAUUCCGAAAGCAACCACUGUCGGAAUCUGCUAGUGACUAGAGGAGCCAUGUCUGAGGGGCUCCACACAGACAGAGGUUUGUGGACUUGAACAAACUCUGAGGGGAUACGAUUUUACGCACAAGCAGCUCAUCAUCCCAUCACAGCAUUCCGACAGUCUUUGAAAGCAGCUUGUGCAGGAGAAGGCAUCAUGAGCAACCCAGCCGGAACCGGAGAAGCAGGAGCUGGAGCGGGUCCAAGCCUGGAAGAAAGGUACCGGGUGUUGGAGGUCCAGCUAGCGCUGCAGACGGCGAGGCUUGAGGAGAGGAGGGCUCAGGAUGCAGACAAAAGGGGAAAGCCACCCAGCUCGCCAGAAAGGUACCAGGAUUGGUGCAGAAGUUUGGGGGGGAGCCCAAAGACUAUCAUGGCUUUCGGACAGAGAUGCAAUAUGCCCUCAAUCUGCAGUUUGAUGAAUUCCUGACGAGGAAUCACGAGUGGCUUUCGUGAUUGAGCAUCUUGAAAAGGGGGCGAGAGACUGGGUUAGACCCCUGAUGGCAGCGAAUAGUGACGUCCUAAAGGACACGAUGAAGUUCUUUCGCGCCAUGGAUCUGAUGUUUUCCAGCGAUAUUGAACAGGGAGUGGUGCGCAGACAGUUAAUGGCUUGCAAACAGGGGAGCCGAUCUGUCCGUGAGUACUGGACUGAGUUCACCAUGCUGGUUCACAGAUUGGGGUGGGACUUAUCGGCGGAACCCAUUCAAAUGCUCUUUGAAGAAGGGCUUUCUUCGGCUGUGAAAGACGAACUUUCCCGGGCGCCCAGGGCGGAGUCUAUGGACCAGCUGACCAAAUCAGCGCUGACCAUAGGAGCGCGCCAGGAGGCGAGAGCAUUGGAGAGGCGGGAAGGGAAAGGGGAACGUUGGAAGGAGUUCCGCAUUCCAGACAUUCCAGAGCCAACUUUCCCGCCGGCAGAGCCGAUGGAAAUCGGAACAGCGCGCGCGCGCAGUUUCAAAGCCCAGUGAGGGGGGAAAGAAGGAGGGAAAAGGCGCCCGGAAAUGCUAUCUCUGCCAACAGCCAGGUCACUUUGCCAGAGUCUGCCCCCAGAGGAAGGAAUGGCAAGGGAUGGUAGGAGCUGUGGAGGGAAGAGAGGAAGAAAUACCGGAGCAAGUAAAGCCAACGCCUGGCUGCCACUGUCGGGGCACAGCAGCCAGGCCAAAGAGCAGUGAGAGUGCCCACGCCAGAACCUCCUAAACCCGCCCUAGUGAUAGAAGUGGCGCUAGAGCUGCCAAACGGACACCCUCUAAAGAUAAAGGCGCUGUUGGACUCAGGCAGCUCCUGCAAUUUCAUGAGCAAAGAGUUUGCAGCUGAACACCAGAUACAGACGAUCCCUUUAAGCAACCCCUGCAGGUGACCACGAUCGAUGGCAGGGAGCUGUUGGGAGGAGAAGUCAGCUUGCAGACCGUCCCAAUGAUAAUGAAGGUAGCAAGGCACACCGAACUGAUAGCGUUUAAUGUGGCCACCUUGGGAGGAGCUCCCAUUAUAUUGGGGAUGAGCUGGCUAGCGUUACAUGAUCCGCUGGUGGGCUGGCAUCAGAGAGUGGUUUCUUUUGGUUCAGCACAUUGCUUAGAACACUGCAAAGAGGGAAAGGGUUUGGCAGGGGCCCAAGCCACCCUAGCAGGGACUGAAGUAACGGAGAACGUGAAGGUACCACGACAAUAUGCAGAUCUCCGCGACGUCUUCAGCGAAAGGGAAGCUGACCAACUACCCCCGCAUAGACCCUUUGACUGUCAAAUCAAUUUACUCCCUGGGGCACAGCUCCCUGUAGGCAAGCUGUACGCCAUGUCAGACAGAGAGAUGCAGGAGCUAAGAGAGUUCAUUGACAAGAACCUGAAGAGAGGGUUCAUCAGAGAGUCCAGGGCGGUGGGGGGGAAGCCCAGUGUUUGUUGUGGAUUUCAAAAACACGAACAAGCCGAGGCUGGUGUGUGACUUCAGGGCCUUAAAUGCAGUGUCAGAACCAGUGGCCUUCCCUAUGCCCAGGAUUGACGACAUUUUGACAAGGGUGCGGAAGGGAAAGAUUUUCACAAAGCUGGACCUAAGGGGGGCGUACAACCUGAUACGAAUAAGGAAGGGUGAUGAAUGGAAAACCACCAUGUUCACCCCUUUAGGGGCAUUUGAAUAUUUGGUUAUGCCCUUCGGCCUCCAAGCAGGCUCCGCAUGCUUUCAAUCGUUUAUGAACCACGUCCUGGGGCCUUUGCUUUACAAGAAUUGUGUGGCCUUCUUAGACGACGUGUUGGUGUAUUCUGAGAAUGAGGAGCAGCAUGUGAGAGACGUCAGAGAAGUGUUGAGCAGGCUGCAAGCCAACCAGCUGUGGGUGAAACUGGAGAAGUGUCAGUUUCAUACCAAGGAGGUGGAAUUCCUGGGGUAUCGCCUGUCAGACAAGGGAUUGGCCAUGGAUCCCGGCAAGGUCCAGGCGGUGCUGGAAUGGAAAACACCCAAAACAAGGAAGGAUGUGCAGAGGUUCCUAGGAUUUGGGAACUUCUAUCGUAAGUUCAUCCGAAACUUUGCCCACCUGACGGCGCCCAUUACGGACUGUCUCAGCAGUAAGAAGAAGUUCGUUUGGACUGAGGAGGCGGAGCGAGCAUUUGAGGAACUAAAAAGGGCCUUCGCCUCGGAACAACAACUCCUGCAUGUGGAUUUACAAAAACCGAUGAGAGUGGAAACUGACGCAUCAGACAGAGCGAUUGGGGCGGUGCUUCUGCAGCCAGGGAAGGAGGAGUCAGAGUGGAGACCGUGUGCCUUUUUUCGCGAAAGCUGAACAAAUCCGAGAGGAACUACACGGUGUAUGACCGAGAACUACUAGCCAUUCAUGAGGCGUUCCGGAGAUGGAGGCACCUGCUAAUUGGCGCACAACAUAAGGUGCAAGUGUGCACUGACCACAAGAACCUAGAGUAUUGGAGGACGGCACGAGUGCUCAACCAACGGCAAGUGAGAUGGGCCCAGGAGUUCUCCAAAUUUAACUUUGAGAUUUGUUACGUGCCAGGCCCAGAGAACAUUAGGCGGACGCUCUCUCACGCAAACCUGAAUAUUUGGAGGGGGAGGGAGCACCCGAAGAGAGACAUGUCAUUCCAGAGGACCGCUGGGUGUGUGGGGCGGCAUUGGUGGGACAAAGAGAACUGGUAGAGGAAACAGAGAAUGAUGAAUACGCCCAGAAUAAGCUCAGAGGUCUUAGGGGUGAGGGAGAGGAACCAGGGGGUUUCGAGGAAAGAAAUGGAGCUUUGUAUUACAAAGGGGCACUGUAUAUCCCUGAAGGAGACUUAAGGGGGAGGGUACUCAAGCAGUUGCACGACAGCCCUACGGCGGGGCAUUUUGGACAACACAAAACCAUGUGGUUGGUCACCAGGGAAUUUUGGUGGCCCAAGGUGAGGGAAGAUGUACGUGAGUAUGUAAGAGGGUGCGAGCAAUGCCAGCGAGCCAAAGGGGAAAGGCGGGCGCCGGCGGGGCUAUUAGAACCCUUACCAACCCCAGAACGACCUUGGGAGGCAGUGUCGAUAGAUUUUAUGACUGAUCUGCCGAAGUCCAAAGGGAAAACAGCCAUCAUGGUGGUGGUGGACCUACUAACAAAGAUGUGCCACUUUGUAGCUUGCUCGCAUGCAGUCACGGCGGAAGAGACAGCGAAGUUAUUUGUAGAACACAUUUUUAGGUUGCACGGGGUGCCAUUGAGGGUGGUCUCAGACCGAGGAAAACAAUUUACUUCCAGGUUCUGGAGGAAGCUCAUGAGCUUACUGCAGGUGGAGGUCAAUUUUUCGACUGCCCGGCACCCUGAAACCAACGGGCAGGCGGAAAGAGCAAACGGUGUCCUCCAGCAAUACCUGAGGUGUUAUGUCAAUGACAGAGAGAAUGACUGGGUAGAAAAGUUGGCGCUGGCGGAAUUUGCCUACAACAAUGCCGAGAAUGUGUCCACAGGGAUGAGCCCUUCUUGGCUAAUUAUGGGUGUCAUCCCAGGGCUUUCCCAGGGGGAGAUGGGGAGAGAUGGAGCGUCCCGGCAGCCGAGCAUUUUGUAGAAGAAAUGGAAGCAAUCCAUUGUCAGCUCCAACUCAACUUAGAAAGGGCGAAGGAAGAAUACAAGAGGCAAGCAGACAAGAACCGAAGGGAAGGUGAAACCAUAAGGGUGGGAGAUAGGGUGUGGCUGUCAACCCAAGGGUUGCCGUUCAAAGGAGGUUGUAAGAAAUUAAGACCCAGGAGGUUGGGUCCCUUUGAGGUCAUUCAACAGGUCAACCCAGUGGCUUUCAGGCUCCGGUUACCCAACCACAUGAAACUGCACCCAGUAUUUCACAGGUCGUUACUGUCACCGUACGAAGGGGGACGAGAAGGGAUGGCCACUGGGACCGGUCAUAGAAGAAAGAGAAUGCAGCAGCCAUGUGGCAGAAAUCCUCGACGCCAGGUGGAAGGGGAAUCAGGUGGAGUAUUUGGUAGCGUGGGAAGGAGAACCGGAGUCAGAAAACACUUGGGUAAUGGCCGAAGAUAUCAAUGACGAGGUAUUGAUAGAAACGUUCCAUCAAAGGUUCCCAAGGAAACCUCAGCCUGUGGAGAGGUUCCGGAGGGAAUACUUUGGGACCACUGAUGAGGAGGAGGAGUUGGAAGGCUUCCCGGACUCGGAAGGGGAAGGGGAGAUGGACUCUGAGGAGGAGGAGUACUUCGAGACCAGGAACCGCAACAGGUGGAGAGAAGUGUUCGAGACAUCGGAAGAUGAAGGAAGUUCAUUCCGGGGUGUUGCCUCCUCACCGCCCGUAGAGGAGGGGGCGAGUGGGGGGGGAGGGGGCCCUGGCGGGGGGGUGGAUGUCAGGGAACUGCCAUCGGAAGGAAGGGAGGUGAAAGGGCUCACACAGGUUGGGAGAGACUCAGCAGCUGAAGAGGGAACCAGUAGGGGAGAGGAGCUGAGCUGAGGGAAAGUGAGCUGGAGGGAUGGCUCAGAGACACUUCCAGCGAAAACAGUGGGGAGGUUUCAGGACCUCCUGUAGGGACACCCACUCCUCGCCGGAAACUGACACGCAGAGAGUCCAGAAGACGUGUUUCCGUUAAGGAGCUUUUAUGUUGGAAGCGAUUCCGAAAGCAACCACUGUCGGAAUCUGCUAGUGACUAGAGGAGCCAUGUCUGAGGGGCUCCGUCACAGACAGAGGUUUGUGGACUUGAACAAACUCUGAGGGGAUACGAUUUUACGCACAAGCAGCUCAUCAUCCCAUCACAGGGCGUUACAGUAAUCUAUGCCAAAUAAUUUGCCUUGCUUUACCCCAUCUAGAUUAUUGCUGAAAUUUCCUACAAAUCAUCUUAAACUUUGCUUGAGUUUAUUAGAAGUGAUACGCUUACUACGUUUUUCAAGGCUUUUGAAUAUGUGAGAGUCACAUAGCGGGUAUGGGAAAUUUAGACAUAUGAACUGUGUUUGCACACCUGUUUGUGAUCUGGAGGUAAUUUUUGCAAGUUCAAAAUGCACAGAAGUUAGAUGGCAAGAUCUGUGUAAUACUUGCUAUGCUAUGUUUCUUCUUUAAAUCUGCACAUGCAAAAUUUACUCCUGGUGUUUCUUUUAAACCCUGAAAAAUAUGAUGUGUGAGUGUCACUUCAUGCAUUUUCUUUUUUCUGCUAUGGGAAGCACUUGGAUGUCAGAAGAAUAAUGCAACCUGUCUGUAGGUUGUUAUGGGACAAUUGCACAUGUAGGUAUUCCUAGUAGUGAGUCCAAAAUAUUUUAUAAUACAGUGGUACCUCGGGUUACAUACGCUUCAGGUUACAGACUCCGCUAACCCACAAAUAGUACCUCGGGUUAAGAACUUUGCUUCAGGAUUAGAACAGAAAUCGCACGGUGGCGGCGCGAUGGCAGCGGGAGGCCCCAUUAGCUAAAGUGGUGCUUCAGGUUAAGAACAGUUUCAGGUUAAGAAUGGACCUCCGGAACGAAUUAAGUACUUAACCCGAGGUACCACUGUACUUUACAUGUGGUUCAGACAGUUAUAAUUAAUAAUUUGCUCUGCCCUCUGAAUGACCAAUGCAUCCUUUUCAUUUAUUUUUCAAAGUAUGUGUUAUAUGUGUUUGUUAAGAAGUGCCAGUUGCAAAUGUAAUUGUACCACUAACUUCCCCACAGAUGCUACCAAUCACUUAAAAUAGUUUGAACUGUCAAGAAAGCCUUUUAAAGCAGGUAUUGCUUUUAUACCAGUAGGACCAGAUGUUAAAAAAAUUACAGAAGAAACUGAUCUGGAGUAUGAAGAGAAUUUUUCACUGGAGUAUCAACUCCUCCGGGAAUGUGCAGCUGUAACUCUGAAUUUUGAUCUGUCAGAAAGCCAAGAAGGUAGAGUAGCUAUUGCUGUUUAGUUAUGUUUCCACUCUUACUUUUGUGUCGAUUAAAUAUAUGUAUAUAUGAAACGGCGCUCGUGAAGUGGAGCCCAAGCCAUGUGAAAGCACUGCUGCAAAUCACUUUGUCCUCCUGUGACUUUGUGUUAGGUAUCUGCACUGUAUUGUCUGAUCUUUUGAUUAAAAAGUGGGUCUGGCAAAAUAAAAAGAGGAACUGAUGCCUUUGUGAAGGGGGUGAACAUUUACAAAGGGACUGAUUCCCUAAGGCUUGCCUCCAACUUCUGCAUGUUAGACAUGGGCGUCUGAGCUAGGGAAGACUACAUGCGCAGAUCUCUGUGGGAACUGGAACCCUGGUCAUUCUUUCCUGAACCUUCCCUCCUCAGAUAUCCACCUCACUCAGCACAUGGACAUCAGAGGUGGGAUCAGAAAAUGCCAUAGCUCUCACACUGCUUUCUAUGUGUGGACGCCCUUACCACAAUUGUGAAGGGAUCAAUAGGGAAGUUAUUGUUGGUACAGUGAAUGGCUUAGCAAAUGGCAUGGUGCAGAAGAGACAGGAGUGUGAUCCUAGGUGAGAUUAUGCUAUAUGAUUAGAAGAGUCAGGCAUGGAGAUUCCCCCCACUAUAUAUUGCGCUUUAUAAAUAUUGGUAAGAGUUGCAUGUGUUGUGUACUUGAGUAUGAAGUGAGCCUUUGGUUCAUGUGCUCCACUCUCCUCACGCACAGCUAUUCCCUGAUUUUCUUCCCAGUUUAGACAGCGUUUAUUUGCAGUUUUUAACCCAUAGUAAACUUGUAGCAAGCUGUAGAGAAGGGAAGCUUUAAAAGUUGAUGGAAGGCAAGCAAAGAAAUCAGUGUAAAGGAUUUAAAAAAGAGGAGUGAAGCUUGUGAUCAUAGGAGACGGAGGGAGAGACUAGUUUAGCAGGGGCAUUCUGAAUUAAUUGGAGUGAUGGUACAGUAGCCCACCUUUGCACAAAACCUAAAUUCUUAAAUUUGCAGAUGAGGAGCUGCCUCCAAUUUAUCAUGGAAACCCAAUUACAGACCGAAGAAGCACUUUCCAGGCACAUUUAGCACCUGUUGUGAGCCCCAAACAGGUUAGUAAAAUCUGCUUUCUGACAGGCCUUUCAGUCUCCUCCUCUCUAGGUUAUAAGUAUACAUUUGUAAGCAUGUAUGUAUAUGUUUUUAUUUGCUUAACACAAACACCACAAAUAUGUUUUUUUCUGCAAAAUACAGAUUUCUGAUCCAUUCCAGAGGGUUUUAUUGGCUUAAAUAUUGCUAUCCAGAUUAAAAUUUAGAUUCAGGAUCAUCUUGAAAGAAGAGAUGCGUGGUAGCCUUUUGGAUUCAGGAUAUUUGUAAAAAAAGAGGUGUGCAGUAAUUUGGAUUCAAGAUAAUCAGAUAAGAAAAGAUGAGUGGUAACCUUUUGAAUUGAUAGGGUUGUAUAUCUGGCUUGAAACUGAGCAAUGGAUUGCACAGAAAUAGCACAUGUUAUCCUCAGCUCUGGGAUAACUUACAGAGUCCUACAGGCAUUAUCUGUUCCAUGAAAGCUUUUAUUUGAAAAGCAUAAGACCAAAGUAUGCACAGUGGUCAGCUUUAAAAAAGGUAAAGGACCCUAGACAGUUAAGUCCAGUCGCAGACGUCUCUGGGGUUGCUGCGCUCAUCUCGCUUUACAGGCCAAGGGAGCCGGCGUUUGUCUCACAGACAGUUUUUCGGGUCAUGUGGCCAGCAUAACUAAGCCGCUUCUAGUGCAACGGAGCACCGAAACCAGAGCAGUGCACGGAAAUGCCGUUACUCUCUCGCCGGAGCGGUACCUAUUUAUCUACUUGCACUUUUUGGCGUGCUUUCGAACUGUUAGGUUGGCAGGAGCAGGGACCAAGGAACGGGAGCUCACCCCGUCGCAGGGAUUCAAACCACCGACCUUCUGAUCGGCAAGCCCAAGAGGCUCAGUGGUUUAGACCACAGUGCCACCCGCGUCCCUUGGCCAGCUUUAUGCCUCUGCAAAUAAAUUACCUGAGGGAAAUACAUCUGUGAGCAACCAUAGUGGGAUUUGGUGCAGUGCAAACGCCUCCGUUGUUUCCUAGGCUGUUCCCUUCUGCUGAUAUGAAUACCUGCAGUGACUGAAGUUUCAAGGGACCUGGCAGUUAUCUAGUCCAACCCCCUGCAAUGCAGGCAUCUCAACAUGUGGUCCACCAUCCAAUUUGAAACCCUGCUUAGUUUUGCAAAUUUGCCAGAAGUUUUAUUGCUGCACCACUAGAGUUUGGAGUAUAGCCCACUGGCCUCAGUGGGACAUACUCCUGAGUAGAUAUUCAUAGGAAUGCACUACUAAUGCACACAUACCAGACUAGCCUAUUUAUAAUUUCUUGUUGUUCCAUCGCAGGUAACUCACCAAAGGAGGCGAUAAGCUCUCUUUCCUCCUGGGGUGUCAGAGAGUUAUUGGCACAAUCGUAGUGUUUAGUUGUAGGAGUGGAGGCAUUUUGGGACUGGCCCAGACAUGGGGUGUACAGCUCAGCCCUCUUUUGUGGUUCAGGAUGGGAGGGUUGUACUGUCUCCUGAUUAAUCCCUCCGAUAGGAGGGGUCUAAUUAUGGAAUCCAUGAAGACUCUCGUUGGAAAAAUGCCAAGACUAUUCAAAAACACUUUUGCUUAAUAAUAAGAGAGGGAUUUUUGCAGAGUGGAAAGCCAGCAUCAUUCUCUGAUAUCUGUUCUGUUGGAUUAAGGGAAGCACAGCACAAAGAUCUAUUUGUGAUGUCUCAAGUUUUAGAAGCCAUCUGAGGUGCUCUUUAGUCCCAUGUAGCGUUGCCCAACUUGGGUCCCUUUCCCGGAAGGUUAGGGAAAUCUUCCUUGGCUGUAGAGUCAGGGAUUGGCGAUUCAGUGAGGGGUUGAGAUUAUAUUUGCAGUUCUUCAUACGAUCAGUGUUUGGUGGCGCUUUCUGCCGGCACAAUGGAGCAUCUACUGCCCCAUCUUGGGCUGUCUGAACCGGCUGGUCAUCCAGUUUUUGCUGAAGGCUGUGCAGCUGAGAGGAUAGGCCAUCAAUUCUCUUAAAUAUACAGUUUAGAGUUCUAAUUAUUAGAUGGAGUUGCUCACAACCUGUGCAGUCCGCAGAUUCGGCCACCAACACCUCCUUCGGAUAGGGACCAUCCCCAUUUGUGUUACCAUUGGCUUUUCCAAUUUGUAGCGUCUCAGGGGCCUCAUCUUUUGAUGUUGUUUCAAGGGCCGUUAGAGGAUCGAAACGAUUUUGAAUUGCUAUUGAGUAGAUACAUUCCUCGGGGCCUCUCCCACCUUUAGGUAAACCCUUCCUUGAUUGCUUAGGCCUCGGAGAGGAUAAUGCCUCGUCAGGGUCUCUUGGGCGUUUUCCAUGGCCCAUAAAUCAAUUUUGCAGGGGAACCGUCGUGAGCACUGUGCUGGGGAGCUCCUUAAAUCCUUUAGUCUUCCUCACAGGAAUACUACCACUUCCAGGAGAGUGGUGCUGUAAAAUUACUCACAGUAAGGCAGCCAGUUCAAGCCUCUUCCUUCCCUCUUCCUUGUUCCUAGGAUUUUGGAACAGCCCGGUUCCAGCAGUCGGGCAAACUUCACUUCGCAAUAUGCAGUAAGCUAAAAGGAAAUAGCUGGUUGACAGGGCAGAGGAUUUAUGCCCAGGAAAACUUUUCACUUAUCUCUCCCAGUUAGGGAGGCGGCGGCAGCCGUGGCGGCGAAUCCGGGGGGGUCGGAACAACCCAGAUAAAACAAAAUAACACAAGUGGAGCGAUAUUAAAAGACAGCCAGCACAGCCAGCAGAUCAUUAAAACUCUCGGAUAAAAACAAAGGAGGAUAAAACCGCUUAAAACCACGUAAAACUUUGAUGAGGGUAAACGAAAUUACUUGGUAACUACCUUCGUCGCCAUGUUGGAGGAGGAGCACACAUACCAGACUGUGCCAGCUCAGUCCCAUUUGUGUGGUGGUGGUGGUGGGAACUGUUUUAGAAUUGCUGGUUGAUUAUUAGCACAGUUAGUUAUUUACAUUGCCCUCCUUUGGUGCAUUUUUCCCCUUAGAAAGGGAAAUAUAUGAUUUGGGAAACUGUUUUCAAAGCAAAAUUCUCUUUGCAGAUACUGUGAACUGUGUCUUGAGGUAUGCUAUAUCAGUUUUUUUCCUCUCCCCAGCAUAGUAAGUGAAUUUGCUGUGAAAUAAUGGGAAUACUGCAAAGAUAAAUAUUGGAGAUGUAUUUUGAUAACUCUAGAGAGAUGACGUUUUUUUCUCCUUUUGAAUUAAAAGCAAUUUGCUUGCCAGGCAUGUUUUCUCAAGCUCUCACAGCUUUAAUAAUGUUUUGCUUAAAGUGGUAUUAAUUAUGCAUUGUUUAUUAAAACAGUUUUUUCAUCACAAGGUUUAUCUAGUACAGGGAAACAUGAGGCAUCUGAUAAGAACAGAACAAUAGAUAACUACGUUUAAGGAGAUAUGGGGGGAAAGGACAACUAAUAAAUUACCAUCUAAUUCUUUAUUGAGCUCUUAGGGCCUACAGUGCAGACAAAGAUUAAAUGUGUAAAAGGGGUAUUGGAUCAAUCUUGAUUAUUUCCCCAGAUUAACACAAUAGAUUCUGUAACCUAUUGGGCAAAAAAGCAACCCAGUGUGGUGGUGUUGUUGUUGUUGUUGUUGUUGUUGUUGUUGUUGUUGUUGUUGUUUUAAUCCACAUACUGUUGAUCCUGUUGAUUUAAGUUUCUGAGUGAGAAAAAAGCUUUGCAGGCUACACAGAGUGACCUAGAGCUCAAACAGGAAGAUGGUGUGUGGGUCCAGGGUGCCAACCCCCAGAAGCAGCCUUUGAUGUCUUGAUCUGUAAAGGCCUGUUGACGUUAUUUCUACCACUUCAUAUUUCAUUUUCUUACACAAAGAGCCCCUUGUGACUUUCUAGAUCAGGCAGUGCAUCUUCUCUGGCAUCUGAUCAGCAGUGUUUUGCUUUAAUAAGAUAUCAAGGGCCCCAUUUUUCACCUCCUCACAUGCCUUGCCAAAUGUACAAGACUGGCCCUGUGUACCUGGCUGGCUGCUCACGUUUCUAAGCAUACAAAACUUUUCCCAAGGCUAAGAGCUGCAGGUCAAUCUUCCUCCAGCACUUUCCUUCCACAACAGUUUGCUAUAUCCUUCAUCUUCACCUUCUUCUCUUUACUCCAUCCACACUCUUCAUUUAAAAUUUUGACAAUGGCUUGAAUUCCAAGUGCAUCUUCCAUUCAUGGACUCCCUCAUUUCCCAAUACCACUUUGAAGGACCUCACAGAGCAGAAUUGCAGAGAUCAGUGGAGAAAAGGGGGUGGGGUGGGGGUGGUGGAGAUGGGAAGGUAUAUUCCAUGAGCUCUGCUCUGUCUAGAGAAGGAAAUGUAGGAUCUCAGCUUAUGUUUGCAUCACAUUUUUCAGCCAUUCUCAAAGUGCCUUUUAAAAUAUGUAUAGUUAUAGCAUAACUAAGGACAUUGGUUAUACAGUCCAAGUUCCAGACUUUUUCCUCCAAAGAAAGGGAUAGAAGGUACUACAGGCGAACAUGGAGGCUGGGCAAUGGUAAAAAAAAUGCUAACCCAAAGAAUCAGUCCUUCUGUAACCUGUUCCUUUCUUUUCUUCCCCCAUCUGUAACCUGUUCCUUUAUUUUCUUCCCCCAUCCCAGUCCAUGUUCCUUGUAAGCCCCAACAGUCCAUGUAGCUGAAGUUGUACUCUGGGGCACCCUUGGUUGUCUUGGAAAAUCUUCAUUUCACUCGUGUUCUUUGGAGUUUUGUGGUUUACCAUUAACUUCCUUGAGCAUCACUAUCUCAGGUGGUACUGGGUGCAUUUUACCAUUACACCAAAUCUGAAAUUAGCCUUUGCUAACCUUGCGUCCACCAGAUAUUUUGAACUACAAUUCUUGUCAUUCUAUUGGCCAUGCUGACUGAUAGGCAUUGUAGUACAAACAUCUUGAGGGCACCAGGUUGGCAAUGGCUGUCUUAAAUUUUACGCUUGCAGGCUGUUGUCUUGCGCACAUUUGCACAGACGUAUACACCACUGCAUCCAGUGGCAUUUACUGCCAAGGAAACGUGUACUUGUGCAAAUGAAUAAUUUCUUGUACCAGAAGUAUGGAUGUCAUAUUUUAGUCUGCACCACUGUUGCAUUUAAUUUAAUUGAAAUGUUUUAGUAGUAACCGCAGAGAAUGAGCCUUGUUUGCAAAACCUUAAAAGUGAAGCAUAUAAGCAUUUAUACGUUGGGAGAAAAAAACCCUUUUUUUCCUUUGUAGGUGAAAAAUGUUCUUGCUGAGUUGUACAAGAAUAAGAAAAUAGCCAGUGCUACUCACAAUAUAUACGCAUACAGGUGAGUAGUCAAUUUUCAGUGGCAAUUAUUUCAGAGGGAUGAACGAGAGAAACAUCUGCCUUGAUUGCGUUACCUUAAUAGCAUCAAAACUCUCUUGCACUGUCAUACAGUGUAACUACAGUUGGUUAUGGUAGAUUUUAAGGCGUUUGAAUAAAAGUAAGAGUCCUAUAAACAAUAUUGUUGAGAUAUGUAUUAUGGGAUAAGCAGCAAACAUGGCAGGAUGUUUGCUUUGUUACUUGACACUUUUUGUUUCACUUUUUGCUUUUAGGAUAUACUGUGAAGACAAGCAGACUUUCUUACAGGAUUGUGAAGAUGACGGUGAAACAGCCGCAGGUGGACGUCUUCUCCAUCUCAUGCAGGUAAAAAUCCCAGUGUUUGGAUUGUAGUUCUAAAAUAAAGUUUAUUCUACAAAUCUGUAUUGAGUGUAGAUGAUAGAUACAGUGGUACCUCUGGUUAAGUACUUAAUUCGUUCCGGAGGUCCAUACUUAACCUAAAACUGUUCUUAACCUGAAGCACCACUUUAGCUAAUGGGGCCUCCUGCUGCCGCACCGCCGGAGCACAAUUUCUGUUCUCAUCCUGAAGCAAAGUUCUUAACCUGAGGUAAUAUUUCUGGGUUAGUGGAGUCUGUAACCUGAAGCGUAUGUAACCUGAAGCGUAUGUAACCUGAGGUACCACUGUAGAUAGAUUACAUAGAUGAUAGAUAAUGAUUAGAAAGCAUUAUUUGAGUAUUUUUACACAUGGGAGCUAAAUGAUGGAAAUACUAUAAAGUAAUAAAAACAUCCUACCAUCCAGGUACUGUUUAGUGGAAAUUUCAGUUUCUAGGCAUAGAAUUACAAGAUCUGCAUAAAGAUACUAGAGACAGAAACACUGAAAAUGGCAGUCUGUGCCUAAUUUCUCCGGUUUCCUUUACAUUACAUUUACAUUAUGGUGCAGUGAGAUUCCUUUCCCAUAUGCCACACAUCACUGUGUUUCAAAAUGUGGUAACAUCACAUUACAUAGAAGCCCAGUUCAUAUGUCACAUCAAACCACAAUUAACCAUAAACUCUGCACCUGCUGGAAAGUUCUUCAUCCUCCUCGUGCGCCAGGCCAUAACAGAUCAAAACAGUAGAAGAAUCAAGUAUGUGUUGUUGUUUUUAAAUUAAAUCGCUAGCUGUCUAUUAAAAAAAAAAAAGGAAAUAAGUAAUUAGCCUCCCCUGUGGGAAAAGGAAAUUGAUGCAGGGCAAUUCUCAGGGAGGCUACUCAAGGGGAGAUUAGUCACUAAUCCCCCCAAUGUAAUCAAUAGAUGGCAAUAAAAUUGCUUGAACCUGUAAAUUAGAAGCGCUUCAUUUAAAGGCACGAGAGCCCCGAAAAGCCUUAAUAGCACUCCGUCUCUCAGCAAUGAAAAGAGUAGCCAUGCAACUGGGAUUUAUUACAAAAGAAAUUGCUAUGAAUUGUGUCUGAAACCAAGGAGGACCACCUUUUUGUCUGUGUGCUAUUUCCUUUUACUGUAGUAGAUCUCCUCCUAAGGGAGAUGCAGACAACAUGACCUGUUCAUGUUUUACAGUUUUGAACACUUGGAAUUUGAUGCCUGUGACAGAAUUUGGUUUUUGGAAAAUCCCAAUGUGGUUUUAAAAUAUCUGGGACUUAAAGCAUUCGGCAAUGACUUCCCAGAGAUUUGGUGGUGUUUUCUUUCUUCUAUGAGCAAUGGCUCAAAAACUGACUCCCCGUCAGAGAGCACUCUUGGGAAUGACCUACUUGGCUAAAUGAUGGGAGGAAAGUAUUCUCUUCUUUGACGUAUUUGCUAUCAUGAAUUCUUUACUGUUUGUAUAUGUUGGUGAAAACAACAAAACUUUUAAAGAAUCUUUGUGGAUCUUGCAAUGGAGAUAAUUUGAAAGCAUAGGCCAUGGUCCUAAUCUGGUCCAAGGGCAUGUAUGGCUGUAUUUAAAAACUAGAUACAUGCAAUGGGCAGGUGAAAGAUUGUGUCCAGCAUUCCAUGAGUCAGUCUUGCUCCAGCCUCAUCUAAUAUCUGGUCUCUAAGAGGCUUCAAGUUGCUGUAGCUUCUCUUCCAGCUUGCUCUUGCUGCAGGCGUACAAACAGGGCACAAGUGUUGCAGAUCACUGCAGCAGCUUCCUCUCCAUCCAUGUCUCUUGGUCCUACGUACGCUGUGAGAUAGCACACUGGGCAUCCUCCUAAAACUCAGCUAAAUGCCCUCGCAAUGCCCCUUUUUACACGUCAUGGCCAGAAGAGCUUCACCUGCUGGAUUUUUCCCCUGUAGUGAUUUUAGCCUUCGCUGAAUGGGAGGUCUGGGGUCCGGCAGGUGGCGCUGCUGCCUCCACUCCUGCAGCCCUGUACAUUUCAUUUACAAUAGCUCUCCUCUUCCUGCUGUACUUCUUCCCUAAUAGCGAGAGUAGUUAACAGUCAGAUGCUGAAUUUAUUAAGUACAGUGGUACCUCGGGUUAAGUACUUAAUUCGUUCCGGAGGUCCGUUCUUAACCUGAAACUGUUCUUAACCUGAAGCACCACUUUAGCUAAUGGGGCCUCCUGCUGCUGCCGUGCCGACGGAGCCCAAUUUCUGUUCUUAUCCUGAAGCAAAGUUCUUAACCCACUUUCUGGGUUAGCGGAGUGUGUAACCUGAAGCGUAUGUAACCCGAGGUACCACUGUAGAUGCUGGAUAUGCCUAAAUUGUUGACGUACCAGUGCAGAAUUUGAGUUUCUGGACCAAUGCCAGCUUUUCUUAUUAAAGAAUUUUGGGCAAGGGAAUACAGAGUUGGCUUGUGCUUAAAACAAAAAAAGAGUAAUGUUUGUUUCUAGAAAUAUUCCAGAGCGUGGCAUCAACAAUGACAUGCGCUCAUUGUAUACAGGAGAGCGCAUCCAGGCAGACACAAGUCACACAGCUCAUCUUCCAGAUGUUAAUGGACAAGUGUUUUUAUACAGAUCCUGGAUGUCCACAAUGUUCUGGUGGUGGUGUCCCGCUGGUAUGGUGGUAUCCUGCUAGGACCAGAUCGUUUUAAACACAUCAACAAUUGUGCCAGAAAUAUACUUGUGGAACAGAACUACGCCAAGUCCCCUGUAAGUCUACCCUAAUAGCAAUGGCUUCUGUUAACUGGCUGCUGAAAUGCCACACACAUAGACAUACUCUAAAAUGGCAUGUACAUGUAACUGAAUUUUUCAGUUUACUUCUUGCAUGAGAAAACUACUAUUUAAAUUUUUCCCCCCAAGUUUAAAAGUAGUUUGGUGGGAAAGCUUUUUCAAUGAAUAGGUUGUGUUUUGGUGAAUAUUAUUUCUCAUGCCCAAUCCCCGGACUGACAGUUUUCUCCUUCACCUCCCCACAAGUUCAGUGUGGGACUGGUUCUGAGAAGGAAACAAUGGAAUAAAGUCAGAGGUGCAUGCUUGUGAGUGGCUGAACGCCACUUUUCGGUCUUGCUUCCUUUUCUGCUUGAUGUGUUUGGUGCAUGAUUUCUGUGGCAAAAGGAAAGAACAGGAGUUGGAAGAUGAGCACUGAAGACAGAGGGGGAAAGAUCAAGUAGCACCACGAGACAUGGCAAAGCUAAGACAUGUAAUAAGAGGAGAUUAGGUGGGCAGUGGUGGAGAGAUGGAGAAUUUUAAAGGUAAAGGCUAUAGAGAGUGACAGAGGGUCUUGAAUUUUUAGGAGACUAAUUUCUACCCUGUGUUGAAGGUAAUUCUGUAAACAGGGUAUAAAACCUGUAAAAACUUCAUGUUCAUCUGAAAUCAACUGUCUUUUGUACCAGUUGCUAAGUUUUUUGGAAUGCAUCCAAUACUUAAAAUCUUUCAGAGCCCUAAAACGCCACCUGCUCUGAAAAAAACGUGGUGUUUUAUGAUUCAGUGGGUUAUACAAUAGUAUUAUUGAUCUUGGUCAUAUAAAAGAGGGGGUAAAUGAAGCAUAAUAGUCUAAACAUUACUCUUUUAAAAAUUAUAUUAAUCAGAAACAACACCAGUGUGCCAUGGAAAGUACAGUGUAAUUUAUUUACGAUAUGUUGUUAAUGUAGUGCCUGUUUUCUGUGCAGAAAGCCCCACAGCUGGCAAGAAAGAGCUCCAGUUGUAUUGUCUGUUACUCAUACCUAGGAGAAAACAGUUCCUAUAUAAAGCCUAACGGCAAAAAGUUGAAAUGGAAUCUAUUCUGUAACGUCUCCAAUGGUUAUGAAUGGUUAGCAUCAUUUUGCAGACAACUUUUUCCAUUCAGAAAUAAUCUUAAUGAUACAAGUAUAAAUCUUUUCAGAAUCCGUUCAGUGAAUCAGGAAAAUAUAAAACUAAACAGAGUAUUAAUUGUAGAUCAUUAACCUUGAAAGUAUCCUACCAGUGUAGAAAAGCACAGCGGCUUAUGCAGAGUAAGAAAUAAGUCAUGCUCAUUUUGAUUUUUUUCCUCCUCUCUCUAGGAAAAUUUAUCUAAGCAGCUGGGGAAGAACAAAAUAAUAAGGAAGGACAAGAAGAAAAUGUAA